UCUUCUCUCGAAACCCUAACCUCAUCUUCUUUGCCUCCAUCCACAGAUCAAAUAUUCAGGAACUUUAAUCUACUACUUCAUGGUUUAGUGUUUAAGCCAUUCCAGUACACGUUUUCUAUUUGUUUAUUUAUUGCUCCCUUGAAUUCCUAUCAAUUUCGGGCUCAUGUUUCUAAUGGCAUCAGCAAAAGAGAGUGAGGUUCCCGAAGGGUAAAAAGGUGAAGACUGGAGAUGAAAGACCAAGUGUGAGCGUGGACGAAGAUGGUCUAAGUGAGUUGGCGGACCCUCGGCUUGCUGCGAAGGAGCGGGCGAAGCGACGGAAUCAAAUGACUGCUGAGCUUUUCAGGGAAGAAACUCAUGGGAUUUUUCACGACGUAUCAAGUGCAGAAGUGACUUACGAGGAUAAUGCUGAAUUAGUUGAUGAUGGGAUUCAGAUAGAACCUUUUAAUUUGGAGCAAGAGAGAGAAGAAGGUUAUUUUGAUGCACAGGGAAAUUUCGUUGAAUAUUUCAGGGAGAAUGAAAUUAAGGAUGCAUGGCUGGAUAGUGCUGAAAUUGAUACAAGAUUUGCUGAAAAGAAUCUUGAGACAGCAAAGAAUGAAGAGGAUAUACAUGACCUUUCAUCUAAAGACAUCGGAGCGAUCAAGAGGCGUAUUGCUAAUCUUCUUGAGCCAGGCGAAACGGUUCUACAAGCUCUAAGAAGGUUGAAAGGGACUACAAAUAGCAAGAAGCAGAAAAUGCCACAAGAGAUAAAGCUUAUGUUUGACCAGCUAACUGAAGACUCCGUGAAGCUUAUGGAAGAUGGUGAUUACAAUGUAUACCAUGAAACAAGGGAGAUGUUUGAGCGUGAGGCAGAGGGGUAUGAGAGGUUAUCUCGUGCAAGAGAGGGCACAUCUGUAAGUUCUGAUGUUGGUGGUUCUGGUUCCGAUGCUGUGAAGGAUAUUUUCUCCAAUGGACAGGAACCUGGAGUACCUUCCUCAUUACCCUCUGACAUGGUUGUGGGUCCUUCACUCCUGAAUUCAUCUACUGCACAAGUUUCAUCCAGCAACGGUGCUGAUUCAUUUGAUAUGUUUGCUGAAGAUGAUGUGAACACUACUUCAAAUCCAUCUUCUGAUGUAAAUAGUUUGGAUUCUGGUUCUACUCCCAAACAAUUCCCUCAACCUUCAUCUGAAAGAGUGAACACAGAUCAAGAAAGUGGAGAUCUGCAAAGUGAUUACGUAUAUGAUGAGUCAUCUGGUUACUAUUACAGUAGUAGUUUGGGCUACUAUUACGACCCUACAUCAGGCUUGUAUUGCUGUGCAACAUCAGGAAAAUGGUAUGCCUUCAAUGAACAGACAGGUGCAUAUGAUGAAAUACAGGACGAGGCAACCUCUGAACCUCAGUAAAUUGAAGCUGCAAUAUCGUAGCUUCCAUCGGUUUGAAGACUUUGUAUGGCAAUAGAAUGUUGUAAUGCCUGAAAGCUGUUCUUCAUAGAGGGUUCCGUAGACAGCAGUGGAUUCUUCGAUCUAUAUGUCCCCUAGAUUUGCCUUAGUUCUUCUGUUCACCUUACAAAUUUAUCCUGUUUAGUUGACUUAUGAGAGUGGAACCUUAUUUGUGUUUGCUCCACAGAAUGCGGAUAUAUUAUCAAACAAUUUUCCCCCUGUCAUCAGUCAAUUUCUGAGUGAUGAGGAAUGCAAGUAGAAACCGUUAUUUGUAAGCAUUUCUCCUGUCCUGGCUCCUGAGUGUUAUACCAUUGUUGAUUGUCUGUCA